AAAAGAAGUUAUACUGAUGGACAUUUCUACGCAGAGAUUUGCCAUGAACGGAAGAAGUAUGAGACUCCCUCCUGGGUUUCGGUUUGAUCCCGAUGACGAAGAUCUUGUGUUCGAGUAUCUCGCCAAGAAAGUCCUCCACCGUCCGAUGGACUUCGACCUCCCUGAGCUCCGUUCUUGCAAUGUUGAUCCUUGGGACUUGCUAGGAGAGAAGAACAAGGAAGUGUAUUACUUUGUGAAGAAGGAAGAGCGAGAGAGAAAGGGAAGAGAGACUUUGUCGGGUUAUUGGGAAGAGUGUGAAGAAGAGGAACUAAUGGAGUCUGGUGAUCACGAUUGUAACCAUUUAGAAGGAAGGAGAAAGACAUUUGCUUUCUAUAUUGGCAAAAGACCAAGAGGAACAAUCACUCCAUGGAUCAUGUAUGAGUUCCGGCUUCUUUCCUCUAGAGCUACAAGGCUGCCUCGGGGUGAGGUAGGGAAAUGGAGGGCGGUGAAGAUAGUCGUGAAGGAAGAUAAUGAGGAGGAGAUCGAGGAGGAUGAGCAUGCGUCAGACGAGUCAGAUGGCGAAGAAGUUGUUCAAAGCCGGUGACAAUGCCAUAUAUAUUUUGUACACAAAUGGUUUAAAUGUGGAGAAUCAUUUGAAUUUAGUUAGUAAGUAGUAACUUAGUAUUGGUAGAAUAUUAGGGAACAUCUAAAUGAAAACGAGGUUGCUUAAUUUGUCCUUAAUUUUCUUCCUAGCCCUUUGGAAUGUAAUAGAGAAUGUGGAGAUGAA